GCGCGCCGCAGUACCCAGACCACGUCGCCCGCAAAACGUUCGCCGGCGGCCCGAUCAGCACAGUCGCGAGUCCAACUCCAUCCUCUCCGGCACGCAGCCAGCCAACUCGACUUUCUUCGCGUCCUCGUCUCUCCCGACUCUUGUCCACCGCGGUGUACGUUCGUUGUCGCUGGUUCCGGUGGAUGCUGGUCCGCACCUCUUUGUUCUUCGUUUCGUGACUAGAAUGCAAUAAUCCACCCAGAAGUGUGUUCCUGAGAGCGUGACGAAUUUGGAAACUCCUAAAGCAACAACGAUGUCGCGUCUAGCUGAAAUGCAGGCCCGUUUCCAACAAAAACAAAUGCAAGAAAAGGAAGAGAAACUCCUCCGCCUCUACGAGAACCAACAACAAAGGGCCUUCGAGAGAGUUGGAAGAGGCAGUGCUGGCAGCAACGUCAGCGUGGGAUCCACGGGAGGAGGAAAGGUCCGUCAGAUGUUCGACGAACGGAGGCAAAAAGCUGGCGUUGACAAAAGUUACCCGCUGGAACCUCUGCGCACCUCCAGAACCAACGGCACGAAAGGUGGAUCGUUGGAUAGACAGAGGAACACCACCACAAAAACAACCGUUAAAAGUACGGUGCAGAAAAGUGUCACCCACAUUAAAAACGGCAAGCCCCCAGUGACCAAACGGGAGGUGGUGCAAAGAAUCUACAACAACAACAACGGAGACGAAAGGUACCAGGAACACAGGUUCGAGGAUGACAACUACCGGAGCCCCAGCUACGACUUGAUAGAGAUGAUGAACAGAAACAACAUUGACGACGAUCUGGACAACGAAAUACUGCCACAAAUAGGCUUCGACGACGACGAGCCUUACAUGAGGGGUAAAUUGGCGAACGUCGGUGGUAAAUUGCCCAGUCAAACCGUAACCAAGCCCGAACCACGAGCGCCUUCAAAACCUAACGGAGUCGCCACGGUUACGAGGGAUUCCAAGCCUCCCGCAAGAAACGUAGCAAGAACAGCCACACCACGAGCAGUCACUUCGUCAUCCUCAAGUGCGAGUUCCGUACAUUCAUCCCCAGUAAAGUCGACCACUACUAGAACCGCUAAUUCCACUAUGAAAGCCACACCAUCUCAGUCGAGCAAGACUAAAGUCCCAACAACGGCCAGACCAUCGGCAAAGCAGGCAGCGAAGUCGACACCCACAACAACACCAAGAGACGACCUCGCAGAAUGUAAGGUGUGCCACAGGAAGUUCGCCGAGGACCGCCUGGCCAUCCACGAAAGUAUAUGUCUCAAGUCGUCCCAAAGCAAGAGGAAGAAAUACGAUGCCACGAAGCACCGACUCCAGGGAACCGAGUUGGAGCAAUACGGACGAAAAGCAACGAAGCCAAAGCCUAUGAAACCUGCAUCUAAGAAAGACUGGCGUCGCACCCACGAGGAAUUCAUAGCGGCCAUCCGUUCGGCGAAGAUGACCCAACAACAUCUGGCCAAAGGAGGCAAACUGUCCGACUUGCCGCCGCCUCCCCCUUCAUCCAAUCCGGAUUACGUGCAGUGCCCCCAUUGCGGCAGGAAGUUCAACGAGGCCGCAGCUGAAAGGCACAUCCCCAAGUGUGCUACGUUCCAAUUCAACAAGCCCAAACCCAACGGCGGUAGCAAUACCAACACUAGAGGAAGAGCUGUGCCUAGAAGAUAAAAGGACACUUUGAGGAUGUUUCUAAAUUUAUAGUAUUUAAUGCCCUUUUUAAACAUGAAAAUCAAUUUAAAUAUUUUAAAUAUUUUAGUUAUUGAAUUAAUUGAUAUAUUGUACUUUAAUAAUCACACUUCGUGUCUAGUUUCAACGGAUUAAUAAUUAAAGUGCCAAUCGGAUCAUUUUAACAAAUUUUGUAGAUCUUCCUAUCUAUCGUAUUGUUUGGUAAUAAUGGACAAAUUUAAAAUAUUUUGUAACGUUUUGCUUGAAUUCCUAAUUUAUUUAAACCUCUGUACUUAUUUUUAACAAAACCGCUUUAUGUCAUUUUAUAGAAAAUGAAUAUAAUUGUGAUCUUAUAUACAUGACUAAAAAUGGGUGCUGUGUUGUGGAAUACUGUUUAAAAUUAUUGUAUGUAAGAAUUUGUUUAGUUUAUUUAAACAUUUUAGUGAUCUAGUCUUAAGUUUCCGUUCCUUAAAUUAAUGUGAAUUUAUAUUUCAAAAUAUCAAAUAAAAUAAUAAAUUAAGCACUGUUAUUUAUAAAUUAUAUGGAAAAUAUUAAUAAAGAUGCUUUUUAAUACCUA